AUGGCCCCUUCGAGCAGCAUCACUUCCCCUACCGCAACUGCCACAUCCUCCGUGUCCGACUCACAUAAGCGUACUUUCCCAUUCGCAGCGCUCAUUCUGCUCGCUCUGUGCAUCGCAUACAUCGUUGGUUACCUCGUCUACCGGCGGAUCCUAAAUUCCUGGAACGCUAAGCAGAACGCGGAGAAGGUGCAGAACUUCCCAGAUGAAUUUUUUGAGAAGAAGCCGAGAGGACCGCAUCGUUUCACAUGGACCCAUGGCAUAUGGAAGAGCAAGGCUAUCGGAGAGAACACAGAGUCAGAGCCACAUCGUUCCUUUUCGAGCUCCCCUGACGAGAAACCCCUCGUUUCACCACCGCCUGUAGCCAUGAUCAAAGAGCACGCGUCCGGUGGUCCAACUAUCACCCAAUCGCAAAGGGACGUUCGUACCGCAUUUCCCAAGCGCAUUGCAAGAGCUGCUAGGGAGAAGGGUUCGAGGGUGCUCUCGCGUGGUCGUGUGACAGAGAUUAAAGCUGAUCCAAAGCUCGCACCUGUACAGGGGCCACUCAGGCCACUGUCCAUCUUGCUGUCAAGGAACAAGGAGAGAGAACGGGUUUCAUUCAAUUUGGCGUAG